CAUGUCUGUGACCGGCAGGACGGCGGUAUCAUCCUUGACUCAGGAGAUCCUUGGCUACCUGGGUCUUGCCCACAAGACUGCAGCGUGGGGCACUCUGGGCACCCUUAGGACUUUCUUGAGCUUCAGUGUGGACAAGGAUGUGCAGAGACUGCUGAGGGCCAUUGCAGGACACGGCGUGGACCACACCAGCAUCAUGGAUGUGCUGACCAAUCGGAGCAGAGAACAAAGGCAACUCAUCUCCAGGGCCUUCCAGGAGCGCACCCAGCAGGACCUGCUGACGUCCCUGCGGGCAGCUCUCUCCCACAACCUUGAACGGAUCGUGGUGGCACUGAUGCAGCCAGCAGCCCAAAGCGAUGCCCAGGAACUGAGGGCAGCGCUGAAGGGCAGAGGUUCUCCUGAGGACACUGUGGCCAUGGAAAUUCUUGCCACCCGAGCUCCAAGCCGACUGCAGGAGUGCCUGGCAGUCUACAACCGAGAUUUCCAGGUGGAGGCUGAGGAGGACAUCAAGUCUGAGACCAGUGGCAUCUUGCGGGACCUGCUCCUGGCUUUGGCCAAGGGGGGUCGUGAGAGCUACUCUGGGAUCAUUGACUACCACCUGGAGGAGCAGGAUGUUCAGGCAUUACAGCAGGCUGGAGAAGCUGGCGCACAGGAGACGUGGGUCCUACUUCUCACCCAGAGAAACGUGGAACACCUGGCUCGAGUCUUUGAGCAGUACCAGCGGCGCACGGGGCAAAAGGUGGAGGAUGCUGUCCGGAACCGUUUCCAGGGCGAGGCCCAGGUGACACUGCUCAGUCUAGCCUCCGUGAUCAGGAACACACCAUUGUACUUUGCCGACAAGCUGCAUCAAGCCCUCCAGCAAACAGAGCCCAGUUACCAGGUCCUGAUACGCAUCCUCAUCUCUCGAAGUGAGACGGACCUCCUGAGCAUCCGGGCUGAGUUCAAGAAGAAAUUUGGGAAGUCCCUUUACUCUUCUCUCCAGGAUGUAGUGAAGGGGGAUUGCCGGUCAGCCCUCCUAGCCCUGUGCAGGGCUGAAGACGUUUGAGCACCCCUGCCAGCUCCCCACAUGACAUUCAAGGACUGGAGGAUCCACAGUUUGGCUGAGUCCUGCUGAUGAACUGCUGGGUCUCCAGACAGGCUGCCCCACCCUGAGCAUCCCAAACUCCGGCUUCUGGUUGAGGCUGAAAGGCCACAUUUCAUUUAAGGCCCAUAACCUCUCAUCCCAAAGUGAUGUCCCCUGGCUCUAUCUUGAGUGUGGGUAAUGGAAUCUCAAGUUUCCC